GGCCCCGCCACCGCCCCGCCCGCCCCGAGCCAGCCCGGGCCCCGCCAUGGGCCACAACGACAUUAUGAACACCGCCGAGGACUUCGUCGAUCAGUGGAGGCCCGAGUGAUUUCUCUGUUAAAUAGAAGUUUGUGAUCUCUUACAAUGUGUGACAACAGGAAAAUUUUGAGUUUCCUGAGGGUGACGAAGCAGUACCUGCCCCACGUGGCCCGGCUGUGCCUGAUCAGCACCUUCCUGGAGGAUGGCAUCCGCAUGUGGCUCCAGUGGAGUGAACAGAGGGACUACAUCGAUGGCACGUGGAACUGUGGCUACUUCCUGGCCUCCAUCUUUGUGUUCCUAAACCUCUUCGGGCAGCUGAGUGGCUGUAUCCUGGUGCUGAGUAGGAACUUUGUGCAAUAUGCCUGCUUUGGACUGUUUGGAAUUAUAGCAUUACAGACUAUUGCAUACAGCAUUCUAUGGGACCUGAAGUUCUUGAUGAGGAAUCUUGCCCUUGGGGGAGGCUUGCUGCUGCUUCUGGCUGAGUCUCGCUCGGAGGGGAAGAGCAUGUUUGCUGGUGUCCCCACCAUGAGGGAGAGCUCCCCAAAGCAGUACAUGCAGCUGGGGGGGCGUGUGCUGCUCGUCCUCAUGUUCAUGACGCUGCUACACUUUGAUCUGAACUUCUUUUAUGUUCUGCAGAACAUUGUGGGCACAGCCCUGAUUAUCUUGGUGGCAAUUGGCUUCAAGACUAAGCUGGCUGCCUUGACUCUGGUCAUCUGGCUGUUUGGCAUCAACAUCUACUUCAACGCCUUCUGGACCAUCCCAGCCUACAAGCCCAUGCACGACUUCCUCAAAUACGAUUUCUUCCAGACCAUGUCUGUCAUUGGAGGGCUCCUCCUCGUGGUUGCACUGGGUCCCGGCGGAGUCUCCAUGGAUGAGAAGAAAAAAGAGUGGUAACAGGAAUAGCAACACUUCUUGGGACAUACUGUACUAAGUCCAGAACUGAUUCUCUAUGGAUUCAACAAAAACUGCCAGCAUUUUACACGUACAUGCCCCCGUCCUAUAAAAGGCACAGAUGUUUUGAAUUUGAUUUACUGUGGCACCAGUAAUACAAUAGAUAAAAUCCUAUUUCUUCAAGGAAUGUUGCCUAGGCUUAUUCUAACUUCCUAGAUUUGGAACUAACCCAAGGAACCUGCAUUUUGCUGAUGCUUCAGUGAAUUGCAGUAGAACAGUUGCUGUCUGGAAUGUCAGCAAUGUCUUAAAAUUUGCAGAAAGGUGAGCAGAUACAGCUGGAUCAUUCAGUGUGGUGUUGGGUUGUAGCUAUAACUAAAAAAGUGAGAUCCCCAUUCUUGCCCUUAUCAAAACUGUCUUGUGCAUAAGGAGUUCCAUUGCUGGUUAUAGCAUUGCUUAUCAAGGUGGAAAGCAGCAUCAAAAUCCAGAAAAAUCACUGUUAUUUUGCUGCUCAGAGGCCUGUAAUUCCCUUUUGUUUAACGGGGAAGGGUCUUUCCUGCUCCUGAACAGAAAGCAAAUAGAAAACCAUGGAAGUAGUUGUACACCCUUCUGGGUAAGAAAAGGGAGAGGAUUUUCUAACGUGUCCCAGUUCUGCCCUUGAGGGGAAUGACGGGGAAUCCUGUAUUGUUAAUCAUGAAUACUGUGUUGUUAAUCAGAUUUAAAGGAAGUGGGGGAGAUAAUCCUGAGGAGACAGAACGUUAGAUUCUGUGAAAAUUCUGUGCCAAAAGAAUUCCCUAUUCUGCAUUCUUUCCCCAAAAGCUGCCCCUCCUGAAUUCCCAAGGAGGGAGCCAAGUUGUGCUGCAGGUUCCAUAAUAAAAGCUCCUUUCUGCUAUUAACCAGCUUCCAUCCAUAUAUGCCCCAAAUUCAAAUUUGAAUUGCAGGUUAUUGGUGAAAAUGUCUUGCGAAUUACAGGAAGUCCCCUUUUCUGUGCACUCAGUACUUGCCAGAUGAGAGCAGUCAAUCUCCUAAUCUGUAGUCUUUGCUUCUUAGAUUCACUUCUGUCAGUCUCUUGGCUGUAAAAGUCCCAGCUGACUGAAGAGCUGGGCUGCUGAGCUCUCCAGGACAGCCCCUCCUCUGCCACCUCAGACCACCCUGAGCUGUGCAGGCUGGAAAUGUGGAAUUGUCCCCCGUUCCCAGCUCUGCAAACGGUUAUUGCUGAGGAAUGCGUGAGUGCAACGCCUGGGCAGUGGAGAAGCAGCCAGGGAUGGACCUUCCCCAGGAGGGUGAGCAGAGGAAGGCCCUGUUUGGCUUCUCAGUGCCACAACCUCUGUGCCAUGACCAUGCUUAGUGCUGCUCAGGGGAGGCGUUUUGUCCUCUCUUAGUCAACCAGGUGUGAACCUGUCUCACUAGAUUGUGGAGGAGUUCUAGACAGCAUGAGCCCUACCAGCUUCCUACCAUCACACUGAUUCCUUGCUCUGUUCCCUCCCCUGAGGAAGAUGCUCAGCUCUUUGUUCAAGGAGGAAUUCAGCUGAACAUCUCCAGUGGGAGCUGUUCCCCAGGGUCUCCUGGUAAGGACGCUCACCUGGACAGUUCAGUUAAACAGUUGCUUUUUAGGAGAGAAAACUGGGCUGAAAGAACUAGUGAAAAACAAAAGAGCGCUGUUGAAAGUUGAACCAGUGAUUUCAUCAUCCUAAGGGGAUAACAGCCUCUGUAAGGGCAAGAUGUGCUGCUGCUGGAGGAAGCCAGUUGCUAUCCCAGAAUAGUUAGGGUUGGAAGGGAGGGAAUACUUAGGAUAGUUAGAGAGGGGAAUUUAUCAUUAAGGUCAGGUCACUGAUGAUUCUCAAGGAGGUUUUGCAAGAGAAGUCUUCACCUCAAGUGCUCCAUGUUCCUGACUCUUUCCUGGCUACACAAACUGGUCCUUUCAGUCACAGACCUGCAGCACAGCUUCACUGCAGCUCUUAUAACGGUUCUAGACUGAUCAAGGCAUCCACUCUCAGAUACCUGAACUGCUGUUGAUGUUCAUAGUAUUUAUAAAUGACAGAAACUACUCCUGCAAGUAGCCCUUCGUCUUUCUCAACUUGCUUGUGUGCUGUCUAAGGAGCUGGAUGACAGACUAGUCUGAAAUACUGACCAGUUUCCUCUGUGAAAAUCAAGUCCCCUUUCCAACAAAAGACCCUAGAAAAGGAACUGUUGAUGUCCCCUGCAGCAGGAAUGCUUCAGUAUUCCAGGGGCACAGGUAGGUGGAGGGCAUUAUCAGAUACUUCUAGGCAGCACAACGUGCAGACUUAUUAACUGUGAGUCCUGAUGCAGAAGAUUCUGGUUUCCUACAUACACUGCUGUACUUGUGCAUCUCCCAGAAAUACAGUGACCUCUCCCCAUGGCUGAGAAGCUCUCACAAGCAGGAUGUCAGCUACCAAUUGGCUCUGCAAAGUGUUCUGGAAUUCAUUCUGAAUAUAUUUUUGCUUUCUAUGUGGAAAAAAAAAAAAGAAAAAAAGAAAUAAGUAUAAAUUCUCAUUUUAUGCUGUAUUUUGUACCUUAGUUGUGUUUGAAAAUGUUUUGAUUUUUGAAAACAAUCAAAAUAAAACAAUGGCAUCUUUGUAUCCA